UAUUUAUUUUAAUCCAAAUUACCUCGAUCGUUAUGAUAUAUGUGAAAGGGAUAUAAAUUAUUUAAGCUUAUAGACCGAUAGGGUAGUGCUUGGUGAUAUGUUCCCCGCUUACGCUUGUAGUUCGUAUUUUGUCCAUAUCUGUCGCUGAAGUCACAAAUGUUUUGAGCAAAGGGUGACUUUAAUACACAGAAAUAAUUGCCAAUAGUUCUAGUAUUAGAUAAAACUAGACUUGACGCUAUUACGAGACGGGGUAAUAAUGGAAUAUUGACUUUCAAUGAAUGUAACAAAAUUGGAGAAUAAAAAUGGGGUUAUUUGAUCGGUUAGCUAAUCUUCUAGGAUUAAGAAAGAAGGAAGUAAACGUUUUAGUAGUGGGGCUUAACAACAGUGGUAAGUCGACGGUCAUAAAUAAUUUCAAACACGAGGAUGACCGUUGCAUAGACAUAGUGCCCACGGUUGGGUUUAAUGUCGAAAAAUUCUCAUUCAAAAAUGUUAAUUUUACCGCAUUCGAUAUGUCGGGUCAUGAUCGUCAUAGAUCCUUAUGGGAACAUUAUUACAAAGAAUGCCAUGGGAUCAUUUUCAUAAUUGAUAGUAGCGAUAAACUAAGAUUAGUUGUCGUAAAAGAGGAAUUAGAUAUGCUUCUUCAACAUCCUGAUAUAGCAGGACGUAAAUUACCAAUUCUUUUCUUGGCAAAUAAAAUGGAUUUACCUGAUUCAUUAACAACUGUUAAACUAGUCUCAGGCCUUGGACUAGAAAAAAUACAAAAUAAACCAUGGCAUAUACGUGCAACAAAUGCCGUUACUGGUGAAGGACUACAACCGGCUAUAGAAUGGCUCACAGAUCAAAUUCGGGAUAUAUAUAUUAAUAAAAGACAAUAAUCGAA